AUGCAUCGCGCAGCAGUGAGGGCCUUGCGGACAACCUACCGAUGUACGGCUCGUAGCUUCGCACGCAACACCCAACGGGGCCUCUUCGAACAUAGCCUCUCCACCACCUCUUCCUUCGCGACCCGCCACGGCCUGCGAUACUCGUCCUCCUCCCCGAACCAGCCUCGCAACAACCCCGAGCAUGCUGUCCAGCCGCUAAAGUCCUCCAUGUACAUCCGCCGCUUCUCCGUCGCUCUCGUGUCCACCCUCGUCGGCUACGGCGCCUGGUACUCGUACAACGGUACCGGUCUCGACAAGUCCCAAAGCUUGUCAAGAAGCUUCACCACUGGCGCCGCCGCCGGCGGUGAUGCUGCCCCGACCCGUGCUGUCCUCGUCGUCGGCGCCGACCAGCUACACACCGGAACCUUCGUCGGAGAGGGUCCCAUCUCCAAGACCACCAGUGACGACGGCCGCAAGGUCAUCGAGAUGUUGACCCCCGAGCAGGUCACCCAGAAGCUCCGCAAGACGGAGCAGUCCUUCCUCGUCAACAGGGGCCAGGGAGUCCUGCGUUACGACCUGGUCCAGCUCCCCAGUAACGACCCCAUCGAGGACGACCACGCCGAGAAGAUUGUCGAGGUCCCCAACAAGGCCGCCGGCGUCACGGGCAACAGCAGCGACUGGAUGUUCUGGGGCGUCUUUGAUGGUCAUGCCGGCUGGACGACCUCGGCGAAGCUGCGCCAGGCUCUGAUCACCUCCGUUGCCAAGGAGCUCAACAACACGUACCAGUCCUCUGCUGAUCUGUCACCGCCGGCUGAGGCCAUCGAUACUGCCAUCAAGUCCGGUUUCACUCGCCUGGACGAUGAGAUUGUUAACCAGAGCGUCGAGAGGGUCCUUAAGGCCGGCUCUAAGACUAUGGCCGCGGAGCUUCUUGCCCCCGCCCUGUCUGGCUCCUGUGCCCUACUGUCUUUCUACGACAGCAGAUCCAAGCUUCUGCGCGUUGCCUGCACCGGCGACUCGCGCGCUGUCCUCGGCCGCCGAUCGGCGUCGGGCAAGUGGACUGCUACCGCUCUAUCGGUGGAUCAGACGGGUGGCAACCCCGACGAGGCCGCCCGCCUGCGCAAGCUCCACCCUGGCGAGGACAGAGUCGUGCACAACGGCCGAGUGCUUGGCGGGUUGGAACCGACCCGUGCCUUCGGCGACGCGAGCUACAAGUGGAGCCGUGAGAUCACUAACAGACUCCGGGAAUCUUUCUUCGCCCGCUCCGCAUCCCCUCUGCUCAAGACUCCCCCCUACGUCACGGCCGAGCCGGUCGUCACGACAACCAAGAUUGAGCCUGAGAAUGGAGAUUUUGUGGUCAUGGCCACCGACGGCCUGUGGGAGAUGCUGACCAACGAAGAGGUCGUUGGUCUCGUCGGGAAAUGGAUUGAGAGCCAGGCCAGCAGCUCUUCGCAGUUCGACUCGACCUGGUCCAAGCUCUUUGGAUCCAAGCAAUCCACCCUGCCCGUCGAGCAGGCGAGUGACAAGAGCGCUGACGGCCAAAAGACGCCUAUCCGUCUGCAGCAGUGGGGCAUAUCCCCCGACGCCCCCGAGCGGUUCGUUGUCAAGGACAAGAACGUGGCCACGCACCUGGUCCGUAACGCCCUCGGUGGCAAGAACGAAGAGCAGGUCUCGGCUCUGCUGACUCUGCCGUCUCCGUUCUCGAGACGAUACAGGGACGACUUGACGGUGCAGGUAAUCUUCUUCGGCAACGGCGAGAAGACUGGCCAGGUCAAUCUGAACGAGGAGGCCACGGCACCGUCUAAGCAGCAGCCCGCGAAAGCGAAGCUUUAG